AUGAAGACAAAAGUCAAAGAAGAGGAAAUGACAUUUGAAGACUGGUUUGGACUGUCUAUUGAGAGUUUGCCCGUGUCGCUACGUGCUCUGCACCCUCGUCGCUGCAUUAUGGUGCACACUCAGCCAUCAUGCCACAAGAUCACGAAGUUAUUUCCUGCAACUGUCUACAUGAGCGACCAAUUUCCCCUCAGCGUGUCAGAGUUCCUCCCCGUGAUUGAGCUAUUCUCGAAAACUACGAGAGCAUUUGAGAGUGUGCAGGAGUUCUUCUCAGCGGCUUUAUCGGACGGGUUCCCAGUUCAGUGUUGCUUUCCCUUGGCACCCUCCGUAUCAGCGACCUUUCGUUUUGAUUGCUUGGAACAACAAACUCCGGACCACGGUAAGUUCACAAUUCCCACCACCUACUCCAUGCAUGCCGGAGACAUGCUCUCGCCUCGAACACACCAAGUGAUGCUGCAGCACGUGACGGCCACUUAAGCCGAGGCUUAACGCUAAAAUAUCAAGCCAUUGUCUUCACGGU